UUCAAGUUUUGAAUAGUUUUGCUGUGUUAAAAACUGUUUGUUUCGUAUUUACGUCAAAAUAUACAAUUAAUCACAGGUUACAGGAAACGCCUGUUUUGCCAUGGCUGCUAGUGAAGGAAAUCUGAUUUUGGGUAUUGAUAUUGGUACAACAUCAGUGAAAGUUUGCCUUAUGGAUCCAAGCAGCAAACAAGUCAUAUCAAAACAGACUAAAGAUACACAGGCUAAUGUCCCAAGUGAUUUGGGCUCUGAGGGAAAUAAGCAGGAUGUUCCUAAGAUUGUAUCAGCUCUCAACAGUUGUGUCUCUAGAUUGCCAAAAGAUCAGUUAAAACAGGUGGGGAAGAUUGGUAUUUGUGGCCAGAUGCAUGGUGUUAUGUUGUGGUCUAACAAGGAAGAUAAGAAAGCUUGGGACUGCAUUGAAUCUUACAUGGGCUGUAGGUUUGAGAUUCCCAAAGAAAAUGUAUCAGCUUUAUAUACUUGGCAGGACACACGCUGUGAGCGAUCAUUCCUUGAUACACUCCCUGUGCCCCAUUGUCAUCUCCCAACAUAUUCAGGUUAUGGAUGUGCAACUCUCUUCUGGAUUAUGAAGAACAGACCCAACAAACUGAAACACUAUAAUAGAGCUGGAACAGUGCAGGACUUUGCUGUGGCAAUGCUCUGUAACUUGGACCAUCCCGUCAUGUCGAUUCAGAAUGCAGCAGGGUGGGGUUACUUUAACACCUGUGUGGCAGAGUGGAAUUCUGAGGUUCUGCAAGAGGCAGACUUUCCAACACAUUUCUUACCACAUGUUGUGAAAUCAGGUGCAAUAGCUGGAACUCUGGAUCAUCCGUGGUAUGGAAUCCCUAGAGGAACUCCAGUGGGGGCAGCAUUGGGAGAUCUGCAGUGUUCAGUGUUAGCCACAAUGCAGAAGGCAGAUGAUGCUGUUCUGAACCUUUCAACUUCAGCACAACUUGCAUUUGUUAUGCCUCCAUUCUUUGAACCUAUCAAAAAUCCAGUUGUAAUGCCAGUGGAAUACUUUCCAUAUUUUGAUGGGAAGUAUCUGGCAGUCGCUGCAUCUCUCAAUGGUGGCAAUGCUUUGGCAGCAUUUGUUCGUAUGGUACAACAGUGGACUCUCGAACUUGGCUUUAAUGUAACACAAUCCAAAAUAUGGGACACAGUUAUGAGCCUGGGAGAACAGGACUCCGCUGUAUCAUCCUUACGGGUUGUGCCAACUUUGCUGGGAGAACGUCAUACACCUGAACAGAAUGCAUCCAUUUUAAAUGUUGAUCCAGGUACCUUAGGUUUGGGCCAGGUAUUUCGAGCUGUAUGCUCUGGAAUCAUAGAAAAUUUACACAGCAUGAUGCCUCGAGAGAUGCUAGUGGCUUCCAACAUUUCAAGAAUAAUUGGUAUUGGAUCUGCCCUCACACGCAACAAAGUUCUGCAGAAGGAGGUCCAAGAUUGGUAUAAACUUCCUGUUGACUUUGUGUCGGGAGGUGACGCUGCCAUGGGAGCAGCACUGGCAAUGAUAGCAUGCCAGUAAAUUAAAUUUUGCUGUAAAACAGGGCUUGUGAAAAUCUGCUAUUAAGACAGCUGAUAAAAUCUAAAUAAAUUUUUGUUAUAAUGGGUAUUUAUAUUAUUGGUUCAGAUACUGAAAUGAUGCACGGUGUGGUGCAGUUAGGAUUCUGAAGGAAUAGAUCAUAUAUGUUCUAGUACUGCUCACAUUGUUUGUAACUGUGUUAGACCUGUCACUGUGCAAGUUUUGCAGGUCACUUCACACUCAUUCUUCAGUUAUCUUCCUCGCACCAAAAGAAGAGUAGUCUACAAUGUCACCACAUUAUUUUGCAUUUCUGUAAAAAUAUUUAAUGAAAUGUGCAUUCUUUAGAGUAAUCUGUCACCAGAGAGAAUUUUACAACCAAUACUCAGCUUUAUUACUAUAGUGAUAACUUUAGGUUUUAUUUUAUUAUCCUUAUUUUGCUGUAACCUUGUUUAUUGUGGCAACAUUGGCACUGUAAAGAAUGAAGGUCUCAUGCCUUAGCAUUGAGCUGUGAAACCGUAUGAGGAAAGUGGAAAGAAAGCUCCAUAUAUUCUUAACCUUAGUGCUAGUGGUAGGUCAGUGACCAGUUGCACACACCAAUCAGGGAAAUAGCUCCCAAUUAGCUCCAGUGUGAAAGUGUUGGCAAAUUGUACCCCAGUCAGCUAGCCCAUUGUUAGUCACUUUACUGACAGUUGUUCCAGUUCAUUAUAUACUUUUAUUGGCUGUAAUGAGAACUCGGUCAGUUUUGAUACUCCAUCAGUUGUCAUAAGAGCAUUUCACUGUGCAUGACAGUAAAGAUUACACCCAUUUAUACAUAUCUGUAUAUGAAUCAAAUAUAUACCAUUACAGUAUUUAUGUAUCAAGUACUGGUAACUAGAUUCUGUACACUUCUUGCAUGUGUGAUACUAUUUCUGUACUGUGGUCUGUCUGGCUUUAAGAAUAGACUGUUGCUCUAAUGGUAAUAACAUUGUGAUCCAUUGGUAUGUUUCUAAACUUACAAAUACUUUGGCCUUUGUACAUUUUGUAGAAAAGAAGCAGUAGCCAUUCUCUGUCAACACACAUGCCAUUUCAUUGCGAUAAAAAAAGUAACAAAUUUUUGGAGUGUGCCAGUAGACUGCUGAUGUUUAUUAAGAGGGAAAACUAGACACUGAAAGGGGAAUCCAUUACAUUUAAUGAGGAGGGCUCUAUUAAUCCUAAAGGGAAUACAUUAUUAUUAUUAUUAUUAUUAUAACAAAUGUAUAAGCAUAAUCUCAGUGGAUAAAUUAUGAGUUGCUUUCACUGCUAUCUUAUG